GCAGUCCCCGCGAUUGGAUUCACAUUCACUGCUCCUCCUUCCCUGCGCGCGCACCUCGUCUCCCCCGCCGCCGCCACCGACGCCGCCCUCAAUACCAUGGCGUUCCCGGGCGCAUUCGUACGUGCUUCCCGAUCUGGAGAGAAGACGAGUCGUGCCCAACCAAACCCAACCCGCAGAUGCAGCCGCAUCUCGUUCCCCUCUCCCUCCGACACGGCCGCGCCCACCGGCAGCCUCUCCCCGCCGCUGCCCUUGCCCUCUCCCUACCCAGGCCCCACAUCCAGCAGACGCGGCCAUGGCGUUCCCGGCAGCCGCGGUGUCUCGCCGUGGAUGGGAAGGAGAUCGGAAUCCUCCAUGGCCGGACGCGCUGAUGGGGAUCUUGCGGAUGCCGGGAAGAACCGCCGCUGCCAUCCAUCCAUGGCCGACACACAGCUCCUCAAGGUGCACGACAGAGCCAGCUGUGUGUGGUGUGCGCGGGGGAUUCUUCUUCCACCCCAGCAAUCUGGUAAAGCCACUGGUUACCUCCCAGCUCUACUCUGCUGCACUAUUCUGGUAGGAGUUUCAUUUUUUCAAUGCUUUUUUUGUCAGCUAAAAAAGUCAGCUCUGAAUAAGUAAGGAUAUGUUUCAGUUUUGUAGGGUUUUAGUGGAUUUAGUCCUCGA